CUUGAGGGUAGAGCGAUGCCAACCACACGAACCAAAAGAAACCUCCUCCUGAUGAACGCCUGGCUGGUCGGAAAGAAUUACUGCGCCGUAACUCGCCGCGCUGGCCUCGGUCACGUGACUUAUUGAUGAAUGCCUAAAGCCACUACAGCGCUGUUCGCAGUAGUUUCGAACAGCACACACGAACACACGCACACGAACUACACACAAAUAUAGCUGGACUGUACUGCACACAGUGUUCGCUGACACAAGUCGCGACCCAAGCGGCCCCGUUAAUGCAUCACUUCAUCGCUCUGUGUAAUGUGCAGCGCGGCGGGCUGUGAAUUGAUCCCAAUGCACGCUUGCAUGCUCAUUCAUCGUACGUGUAUAGUAUCAUAUGUACCCAUGCGGCAUAGCGUGCAGAGAGAAUGUGGCUUGUGCAUCGACAUCGCCCAUGGAGGCAGAGGAUUCUUGCAUGGAAAGCAACACAAAUGUGAAGCCGUUGGGACACGAAGAAGUCGUCGAAACAGAGUUAGUCACUCUGUGGACGAAAUGCCAUUCGAAAAGUACCAAGAGGAAACUCACAUUUCAUGUUUGUUUCCUGAAGUGCUCGCGCUAAUAUUCGGUUAUUUGGACGUGCGUGAUAAGGGUCGGGCUGCCCAAGUGUGCCGUGCAUGGAGGGACGCUUCGUAUCACCGUUCGGUAUGGAGAGGUGUGGAAGCCAAGUUACAUUUACGCCGGUCAAACCCCUCUUUGUUUCCCAGCCUUGUGGCGAGGGGGAUCAAACGUGUCCAGAUACUCAGUCUUCGAAGGAGUUUGAGCCAUGUCAUGCAGGGAAUGCCAAACAUACAAAGCCUAAAUCUGAGUGGUUGCUACAACCUGACUGAUGUGGGACUCUCACAUGCCUUCUCCAAAGAGAUCCCUACACUGACAGUACUCAACCUAAGUCUAUGCAAGCAGAUCACUGACACUAGUCUUUGGAGGAUAGAACAGUAUUUGAAGCAAUUGGAGGUGCUUGACCUUGCAGGAUGCAGUAACAUAACAAAUACUGGUCUUCUGGUGAUUGCAAGGGGACUUCACAAACUCAAGGGUCUGAAUUUAAGGAGUUGUCGACAUAUAUCUGAUGUUGGUAUUGGAUAUCUAGCUGGAGUGAGUGUCGAAGCAGCAAGAGGAACACGAGAUCUUGAACUUCUAGUGCUGCAAGAUUGCCAAAAAUUGAGUGACACUGCUCUCAUGAGUAUCGCCAAAGGACUCCACAAGCUUCGAAGUUUGAAUCUUAGUUUCUGCUGUGGAAUCACAGACACUGGUAUGAUCAGCCUGUCACGGAUGCAAAGUUUGAGAGAACUUAAUUUGCGAAGUUGUGACAAUAUCAGCGACAUCGGGCUGGCGCACCUUGCUGAAUAUGGAGGCCAUUUCGCAACGCUUGAUGCCAGCUUCUGUGACAAAAUAGGUGAUGCAGCGCUCUCACACAUUUCUCAGGGAAUGCCAAAUUUGAAGAAUGUCAGUCUUAGUUCUUGCCAUAUCACGGAUGAAGGUGUAGGGAGGUUAGUACGCAGUCUUCACAACAUGACCACUCUAAACAUUGGCCAGUGUGUUCGAGUGACUGAUAAGGGACUGGCUCUGAUAGCAGAACACCUCAAGGAGUUGAAGUGUAUUGAUCUGUAUGGAUGCACAAUGAUCACGACUGUUGGACUGGAGCGUAUCAUGCAGCUCCCCUGCUUGACUGUUCUCAACCUAGGACUUUGGCACAAAAGGUAGUACUUGCUGUCAUGUUCAGCAAUCCAGGGAAAAGAAAAAGCUGAACAACGAACAAACGUAUUAAAUAUAGGCCUAUGAGUCUUUUUAAUGAUUCAAAAAGUUCAUGAAAUACUGCUUUUCAAAACAUUAUUUUUUACUUGUUAUAUAUUAUGAUGGAUGUACCUAUACAAAUUACAAUGCCUUUGUAAAACAUACAAAUUGAACUUCAAGGAGGACGUCCCACCGACCAUAAUUAUUUUAAUACAGUUUUAACUUUUAAAAUACAUAGCUUUAGAGUUCACACACAGUUACAUGUAGAAGCUUUAAAAGCAGAAAAACAUAUCUUGGAAUCUAAACGAUUAGAAAAUAGAAUUCUAGUGUUGUCCUGUAUUUAAACAAAAUUUUAGAGGUCAUGGGGUAACAUUUUAACUGUUCUGACGUCUGAAAAUCAUGCUUCAAAGUGUGAAGAGACAAUAAUGCGAGGUUACAUGAAGUUUGGAAUCAGGAAAUUACGGAGUUGGCAAUCCAAAACAGAAAUUAAAACAAAUACUAUGAAACUUUCCGUUGGUCAGAAUCGGAACUACAAUGUACGUGUAUAAUAAAAACAUUGUUGUGUAGUACAUGAGGGAAUCAAGUCUUCAUUGGCUACUUGAUUUGUUUGACAAUUUAUCAUAAAAUCAUGAUAAUUAUGCGGGUAGCGAGAAACCUGUAACUUUAUAUUCUUUAUUUCACUUCAGGGAUACCGCAAGACUGAAUUUACAUAGACAUCGAAGUCUAGUUCAGUUUUUAUCAUCCAAAGUACUCAUAUUUGUUCACCCAGGCAGACGGAGAGUCAAAUUGUAAUCGUAAUGUAGUAAUGUCCAUGAUGCAUUUAGAAGAUUUUGCACAUACAUGUACCUGGUAAUCUAAAGCAUUCAUAUUAUGAAACCCUGUGAAAUUAUGAAAGCGCCAACCAUUGACAUACACAAUGAAACUGCUGGUUGGUCGUGCUAGGUUUAUGGUUGUGAAGUAUUAAAUAACACGCAGCUAUACACUGCAGUCUGUAUUGGCAUUGUGAGCAGUCGGAUCUGGCGGUCAAAGGUCAUCCAGUGUAGCCUUUGACCUCGGUUGUUUUGACAAGCUGAAAAGAACUUGACAAAAUAUAGCCCGAUCUCACAGCACAGCUCGCUGCUCCACAAUACCACUGCAUUGCAGGGAACAAUCGCUUGCUGAGAUCUGCAAAGGAAAUGCCCUUGGCUUCGACGACAUGAAUUGUUAUUUCACUUCUCAGGAAAGCAAAAGAGAAACUAGAGAAAUAAUAAGCAUAUACAAUAUACAUGUACCCACAGGAGGCUCGAAUAUAGGCAGACAACGCACUGGUAGUUUUAAAAGAAAAUCAUCUACACACACAUACACACUCAGUACUCGUGUAAAACACUCGUUACUAGGUUUAUCAGUAGUAUCAGGCAAAUUAUCUAAAAGUUCCUAGUAGAAUUUUCGUUGUCGUGCAUGUGGCAAACUGGCAAAGGACUUGACAAAUCUAAUCGUCAAAAAGGUUAUGAGCAGUUCCCCGGUAUUUUGAGUGGAAGAUUUAAAGAUAUGAGAAGCUUCCUGAAAUGGGCUCAGGAUAGCAGGAUUUCAGAAUUUACCUACUAAAUGUAUUUAAGAAUUUAUCCAUACAUAUAAAGGGACAAGAAGAGGGAAACUGCGCUUUUAAAUCUUGGGAAGAGCGGAACUGCAGAUUGAGUUGAGUCUUCGUUAUCUAGCGCAGAUAUUCAUUUCCUAUGUGUAUGUCACGUUAGGUAACGUGCUAAGGGCAAAGGGGAUAUGACGAUUUUGCUCUUUACUCUGCUGAGUUUCACUUGAUUCUCUGUAUGCUUGGAAGUGUGUUCAUACUGCCCAACCGUCAGUCGAUUGCUUUCUAUACUAAUUAAACCAUGGAGUAGAUCCAUGAUUAAACUAACGUUAAGUUUAAAAUAUAAAUCCUCCUUCUUUACCAAAGUAGGUAUGGGUAACUGUUCUGAACAAAUCUUCUCGACUUAUUGGUUUACAGUUCAAUAUAUUUUUGAAUUAUGUCUUGUAUCGAACCGAAACACAUCAGAUCUGGGGAAAUGCAUAAGGGCUGGUUGUUAGUUUAAGUGCAAAUACACAACCCUUUGGUUAACAUUUUGGCAACGUAAAUGAUUUACUAUGAUCAUUAGUUAACUUAUACGGGAAAUGGAUAUCGAGAGAAGGAAUUCCCGAUUCCGUUUAUACUAAAAGGCAACAUAGAAUAAGUAUGUCCUCAUAUUCUAAAAAUAUAUAUCCUGUAGAUUAUCAUUUGUUAUGAAGACUUGUGAACCCUGUAUGGAGGAAGAAAGGGGGGGGGGGGUACAUGUCAAUUAUGGUCACCAAGCAAACAUUUUGACAAUCUUCCAAGGUUGAUUUUAUCCUGUUGGAACAACUGAGCUCAAAUGUCAGCAGGAAAAGGAAAAAGCAAGGAUGAUGGCAAAGAUCUUUUAAGCAUACUUCAUUGUUCGAUGUUGAUAUUGAUAAUUCUGUAAUCAUUUAUCUUGUUAACUACGUCAUGAAUCAUGUUUGAUAUAGAAACUAAUUUCAUUGUCUGAUGACUAAGGUACGUGUACAUCGUGAUGUCUCUGAAAUGUUAUAGCGUUGACUUGCAAGAUCAGGGUGGUCAAAUUUUGUUCUCAAAUUGUGAUAAAAUUUACAUAAAUAAAUCCGAAGAGUACACUGGUGAUGCACAUCGUGAUUUCUGAUACUAAAUGCAUUUCUUAAGAGUUGGGAACGGUCCAUAAUCUUGAAAUUAAAUGUAGUGACCUAUUGUAACGUGUUUCUUCGAUCAAUUAGGAAGUAACAAAUAUAAUUAAUGCACUGCAGGCACUAAUGAGAACAAUACGAGUUUCAGGUGACGAGGUAUGGUCAAAUAUUUCUCUGAUUUCUCGUACAUGUAUUUUGUAAUGUAUGUCGUUCAUACAUUAAUAACAAUUAUCGAUUCCUUUUUCAUUCCAGAAGCCUUUGCUCUUCACUAACACUUUGUCCAUGUUAAUACUAUGAACAUUUUCAAGAUGAUUUUGGCUCCUUAAAAGCAGCCACAUAAAUAUAUGUCUGGGUAUGUGAAAGUACGUAAAUUUUAUAAAAUUAUCAGCACAAUGGAUGAUUUUAGAUUUCUAGAUUUACUACCUCAUUUAAUAUACUUUUGAAUGUAUGAUUAUAUGUUCUUUUGAUUGGUAAUGAACAUUUUUUAAACAUGGAUGGACAAUUAUAAGAUUCAUGAGGAUGAGUAAGUUAUAAUGAGAUGAGUAUAAUUAUUGCACUUUAUAAUAAUUAAACCAUCAUGUACAAUGUACGAUCAUACCACAUGACUUCCAAAGGACUAAACAUAUUAAUGAUUUAAUAUUGUUCCCCAUUUAUAAUUGAACUUUGUAUAUGAGUUAUACAUUUGAUUUGAUACUCGAAAGUAGUACGCUGUAAUACUUUGGGUUAUGGAAUGUAUACAUACAGUCAUGUAUGUAUCUUCAAUUUUCGCAUUUUAAAAAGUAAUCAUAUAUUUACUGUGAUGACAGGAUAUAUUUGCCAUACUUUGUUAGAUUUGUGGUGAUAAGAUGUCAUUUCGAUUUCUUAUUCUCAUGAUACCAUUGCAUUAUAAUCCAAUAUGCUCGACCAUGUUGGUUUUAAAGUCUUGUCAUAUUUUAUACAGUUAUUAUAUGCGACAAAAAGUCACAAAGUUGAUAUACGCAUUUUACAAAAAGUGGUGAACUUUGUCGUAGCCUUAUACGUCAAAUCAAUUGACAUUCUAAAAAUGAUGUUUUUAUCUUUUGUCAGAUGUAUGUAGCUUCAAUGAUUAUACUGGGAAUAUAAUAUUCAAUAUAUAUAUUAAAAUAAUGCAAACAUAAAAACAUUAAAAAAA